AUGGCUGCCAGUGAACCCUCCAGAUACCUGGCAAGGUCAUUGCCUCGGGCUUUUGCCCCAUCGGCCAUCCCCAAGGGCUUCUGCUUUCGCCGCAAUGCCUCCGAUCAAGCGUCGUCCAAGGCACCGGUCGAAAUCAACGAUGUCGAGUCAGCGGGCUCCCUAACUAGCACUCCAGUGCCGGAGGACGUCGUGAAGUCCUUUGAUCCCAUCGCAAAAUCCAAGGGCCGCAAGAAGCAGCUGCCGCGGAGUCGUUACCAAUUCCGUUCGCCGAAAUAUGAUCGCGGUCCGCUCCAUCCUCACCGACCUCCGCCUCCCUCUGACCCCUCUUCCCGUCUCUUCGUUCCUGGUCCGUUCACCCUGCCCAGAGUUGAGCAGACCUACCAGUCCACCGUCGCCUCGGACAUCCUCGCCCUCUGCUAUGUACAUACCCCUCCCGGCUUCAAGCCGCCGCCGAAAUCCCCCCGUCUUCGCUCGUGGGACGACAGCUCGCCUUACCACAAGAACCGACAACUGCGCGGACCCCGUGGCGGUGAUGUCCUGCGCCUCCUUCGCAAACCCAUCACUUUCAACAACGUCCCGGAGCUAGAGCGUAUCACCAUCCACAGUUACGUCAAGGGCGCGGCGCAGGAGAACUCGUCGUGGAUUCACGUCGCUGGUAUGGCCGUCCAGGCCAUCUCGAACGUGCGGGUUUCGACAUUCAAGUCCAAGACCAGCGUUGCCACCUGGGGCAUCGCUCCCGGCAGGGACACGGUUGCCGUCAAGGCCGAGCUGCGCGGCGAGAACAUGCUCCAUUUCUUCUCUAAGCUGGUGGACGUUGUGCUGCCCAAGAUCAAGGAUUGGGAAGGUGUCAAGGGCACCAGCGGUGACAGCAGUGGUAACAUCACCUUCGGUCUGGAUCCCGAGAGCGUGGCUCUUUUCCCGGAGAUCGAGGUCAACUAUGACAUGUACCCCCCUAAGCUGAUUCCCGGUGCUCACAUCACCAUCCACACAAGCGCCAAGACCGACAAGGAUGCCCGUCUUCUGCUCAGCGCCAUGGGUGUUCCGUUCUACGGAAAGUUGGUUGAUUAG